AUGGCAGCUGGAGAUUCUUUACGUUAUCAUACUCGUACCGUGGUACCUACAGGUCGUCCAGAAACAUAUGGGUCUAGAACUUUAACACUUCAUCCCGAAGAACUUGCUGAGGAUGCGGAAUCAGUUCCUUCAAGAGAAGCUGAUGACACAUCAUCACAACCUAUUGGAACUUUAAAGCUUCGUGGUAGACCAUCUGAUAAUAGAAAAGUUAAAUGGGAUGAUGGUGUAGUGGAUAACGAAGGCUUGGGAAGGAAAAAAUCAAAGAUUUGUUGUAUAUAUCACAAACCUCGUGCGUUUGAUGAAUCAUCGGACGAAGAAUCAAGUAAUAGUGAUUCUGACAAUUCUGAUCAUAAUCAUGAUCAUAAACACGAGGGUGGGGAAAAUAGCAAUCAUCAUCAUCACCAUAAACGUCCCAAUAAAAAUCGAAGCAACAGUCCAAAUGCUUAUGAACGUCAGCCACAAUACAAAGAUCGUCCACACCCUGGUCUAGAAUCCAAAGAUAAUACAUCAUCUCCAUCAUAA